AUGAACGCGGAGGGGAUCCGGCGCUGCGUGGAGGAGAAGGAGGCGGUGGCGGCCGCGCGCGACCAGCUCGCCGCCCACGCCGCCAGGCUCGAGAAGGAGUGCGGCCUCUACGAGCGCGACCUCGAGCGCGCCAUGGAGUCCUGCGACGAGCUCGCCAGGGAGAGCGACGACCUACGCAAGCGCCUCCGGGACGCCCCCGACGUUACUGCACUGAACAAGGAAGUGGAAGCCCUGCAGAGAGACAAGGAGAUACUGAGGACCAAUCUAAACAAAGCAGAGGAGGAGGUUAAGCUGCUAUUCGAGGAGAACACAGCUCUGGACGAGGCGAACAAGAGGCUGCUGUGCUUGCUGGAGAAGGAGCAGAAGCAUCGGUCCGAAAGAGAGCACUCCGCCAGUAAUUCCACCAAGCAGAAGCGCAAGUCGUCGAGCCUGAAGGACACGAGCCCGGUCGGCCUGGCCAUCGAUUUCAACAGCACAGACGCGUCGAGGCAGCCGCUGUCCCCCUUGCAGCCAAACUCUCCAGACUGCAGGGUGCACAAGAAGUGA